UUCACUGUAUGUUGCCAUCGUGCGCCUGUCACAUUAUUCGUGGUUUUUCAACAUUCCUGGUUGGCCUGUUGCUAUGCACUGAGUUGGUUGUUGAUUCAACGUUUAGUAAUAAAUAAUGGAACAGUAUACCAUCUUGGGAAGGAUUGGAGAGGGUGCUCAUGGAAUUGUCUUCAAAGCUAGGCAUAUUGAGAGUGGUGAAAUAUGCGCACUGAAGAAAGUUCCCCUGCGCAGGUUGGAUGAUGGAAUCCCCAAUACAGCUCUGAGGGAAAUAAAAGCAUUGCAGGAAAUUGAGGACAAUCAGUAUGUAGUGAAGCUGAGAGAGGUGUUCCCACACGGCACUGGGUUUGUCUUGGUGUUUGAGUUCAUGUUGUCCGACCUGCUGGAGGUGGUCAGGAACUCGGAGGAGCCCCUGACUGAAGCCCAGAUCAAGAGCUACAUGAUGAUGCUGCUAAAGGGUAUCGCUUACUGCCAUGAGAACUCCAUCAUGCACAGGGACCUGAAGCCAGCCAAUCUUCUGAUCAGCGAGACGGGACAUCUGAAGAUUGCUGACUUCGGUUUGGCAAGAGUUUUCAGCAACGAAGAGGGAAGACAAUACAGCCAUCAGGUUGCAACAAGGUGGUAUCGAGCCCCAGAGCUUUUGUACGGAGCGAGAAAGUACGACGAGGGCGUCGAUCUCUGGGCGGUAGGUUGCAUCUUUGGUGAACUCCUGAACAAUUCGCCGCUAUUUCCUGGUGAGAAUGACAUCGAGCAGCUGUGCUGCGUACUAAGAGUCUUAGGUACCCUUACAGAGAAGACAUGGCCUGGAAUGGAGGAGUUACCAGACUACAACAAGAUCACAUUUCCAGAGAAUCCUCCCAUACCAUUUGAAGAAGUGGUACCAGACGCAUCACCAGAGGCACUGGACCUCCUGAAGAAGUUUCUUGUUUACCCCUCAAAGCAGAGAAUAUCGGCAGCGGAGGCCCUCCUUCAUCCGUAUUUCUUCACGGAGCCACUGCUAGCUCAUCACUCAGAAUUGCCGAUCCCCAAGCACGGCAAGAAAGUACGACACCGUGGUCAACACCCCAAGGAGUAUGAUAUUGAUGUUCCCCUGGAGCAGUCCUUGGUGGACCCAGACCUCAUCGCUCUGUUUGUCUGAGUCAAUGUCCUCUCUCUUUUCCUGCCUGUCUGUCCGUCUAUAGGCUGGGGAGCAAAAGCUGUUGUAUGGUGCCGAGCGAAUAAGAGCACCACACUCUAACUCCUCAAGGAGUAUGAUAUUGAUGUUCCCCUGGAGCAGUCCUUGGUGGACCCAGACCUCAUCGCUCCGUUUGUCUGAAUCAAUGUCCUCUCUUGUUCAUGUCUGGGUGUCCGUCUAUAGGCCAAGACCGUGUUAGUCGACAGGGGUAUUCAAGGCUUGUUUGUGUGGAUCAUUGUAUUCUUCUUUUACAACAUAUGCAUU